UAUAAUGUAUAGUGGAUAAUGUAUAAUAUUUAAUGUAUAUCGGCUGACAACAGAGGACAACAGCAGUGAAAGGAAGAAACAGGAAAUUUAGUUUUUUUUAUUAAAUAAAUUGUAUGUAAUUCUAUGCAAUACUUGUAUGUAUGAUGGCGGCUCCGAUCCCUCACAUAUACAUACAUACAUACAGCCAGAGAGGAUAUCCCUCACAUAUACAUACAUACAUACAGCCAGAGAGGAUAUCCUUCACAUAUACAUACAUACAUACAACCAGAGAGGAUAUCCCUCACAUAUACAUACAUACAUACAGCCAGAGAGGAUAUCCUUCACAUAUACAUACAUACAUACAGCCAGAGAGGAUAUCCUCACAUAUACAUACAUACAGCCAGGGAGGAUAUUCUCACAUAUACAUACAUACAUACAGCCAGAGACAAUAUCCUCACAUAUACAUACAUACAACCGGGGAGGAUAUCCUCACAUAUACAUACAUACAGCCAGAGACAAUAUCCUCACAUAUACAUACAUACAACCGGGGAGGAUAUCCUCACAUAUACAUACAUACAGCCAGAGACAAUAUCCUCACACAUACAUACAUACAACAGAGGAGGAUAUCCUCACAUAUACAUACAUACAUACAACCAGAGAGGAUAUCCCACACAUACAUACAGCCAGCGACGAUAUCCUCACAUAUACAUACAUACAACAGAGGAGGAUAUCCUCACAUAUACAUACAUACAACCAGAGUGGAUAUCCUCACAUAUACAUAUAUACAACCAGAGAGGAUAUCCCUCACAUAUACAUACAUACAUACAGCCGGAGAGGAUAUCCCUCACAUACACAUACAUACAGCCAGCGACGAUAUCCUCACAUAUACAUACAUACAACCAGAGUGGAUAUCCUCACAUAUACAUAUAUACAACCAGAGAGGAUAUCCCUCACAUAUACAUACAUACAUACAGCCAGAGAGGAUAUCCCUCACAUAUACAUACAUACAUACAGCCGGAGAGGAUAUCCUCACAUAUACAUACAUACAUACAACCAGAGACGAUAUCCUCACAUAUACAUACAUACAGCCAGGGAGGAUAUCCUCACAUAUACAUACAUACAACCGGGGAGGAUAUCCUCACAUAUACAUACAUACAACCAGAGAGGAUAUCCCUCACAUACACAUACAUACAGCCAGGGACGAUAUCCUCACAUAUACAUACAUACAACCAGAGAGGAUAGCCUCACAUAUACAUACAUACAACCAUAGAGGAUAUCCUCACAUAUACAUACAUACAUACAACCAGAGAGGAUAUCCUCACAUAUACAUACAUACAUACAACCAGAGAGGAUAUCCCUCACAUAUACAUACAUACAUACAGCCAGAGAGGAUAUCCUUCACAUAUACAUACAUACAGCCAGAGAGGAUAUUCUCACAUAUACAUACAUACAGCCAGAGAGGAUAUCCCUCACAUAUACAUACAUACAUACAUACAGCCGGAGAGGAUAUCCCUCACAUACACAUACAUACAGCCAGGGACGAUAUCCUCACAUAUACAUACAUACAACCAGAGAGGAUAGCCUCACAUAUACAUACAUACAACCAUAGAGGAUAUCCUCACAUAUACAUACAUACAUACAACCAGAGAGGAUAUCCUCACAUAUACAUACAUACAACCAGAGAGGAUAUCCUCACAUAUACAUACAUACAACCAGAGAGGAUAUCCUCACAUAUACAUACAUACAGCCAGAGAGGAUAUCCCUCACAUAUACAUACAUACAUACAUACAGCCGGAGAGGAUAUCCCUCACAUAUACAUAUAUACAGCCAGGGAGGAUAUUCUCACAUAUACAUACAUACAUACAGCCAGGGAGGAUAUUCUCACAUAUACAUACAGCCAGGGAGGAUAUUCUCACAUAUAUAUACAUACAGCCAGAGAGGAUAUCCUUCACAUAUACAUACAUACAUACAGCCAGGGAGGAUAUCCUCACAUAUACAUACAUACAGCCGGAGAGGAUAUCCUCACAUAUACAUACAAGUGUCUUUCUUUAUGAAAACAUUACAACAAUGUAUAGAGCAGGGAGUCAUUUCUCAGUCAGCCUCUGCCCUUAACCAAAAGAGGCCGAAAACA